AUGGAGACGCUGCCGGACGACGUGGUGGUGGAGAUCCUGGCGCGCGUGACGGAUGUGGCAGCCCUCUUCCGCUGCGCCGCGAUGUGCAAGCGAUGCCGCCUCCUCAUUGCCGAGCGGUCUUUCCUCCGCCGCCGCUGGCCGGAGGGCGUGAGCCACGCGUGCUCCCUACUCGGCUUCUUCGCCAUGCAACAGCCCCGUGAAGAACCAACAGAAGGGAGCUCUACGGCUACGCCCAUGCCGCCCUUCACCCCGGUGCCAUGGUCCCCGCUCGGAGAGCGCCACCGCUCCCUGACCAUCACCGCCCCUGGGGGUCGUGGCUGCCAGGUAACGCUGCUCACCUCGCGCCGUGGCCUUCUUGUUAUGCGGUUCUUCCCACUCGAGGAACCCAGCGACUGGUACAUUAAGACCAUGAACCUGACAUUGUACGAUCCAAUCGCCGGCAAAAGCCGUCAGCUGCCUGAGUUGAAGAGCAAUAGACCUUUCCGAAUACAAGGAUGUGCCCUUCUAACCCGUGAGGAUUGUUGCCCGGACAAAACACGAGGAGCAGCGUCAUCGGUCCCCUCGUCCUUCCUCAAAGUGCUAAUCAUCGGCGUCGAUCAAGAUGAGCCAGGCGCCGAUCAAGACGAGCCACGGCACAAUCUCCACGUGUUCACUUCCACCAAGUCAAGCUCGAGCUGGAACACGCCCAGGAAGUGCUUUCAGCCUCUGGAGGACGGCACGCGUGUGGUGUCCCAGCAGAUCAGCGCUGUCGUGUGCCAAGGCACUGCACAUUGGCUCUUCAGCAAUACGUCUAACUUGUACGCACUCACUGUGUGUGCUAGGACCACAGAGAUGUCCUUAACAAGGAUCCCAGUCACACCGGAUCAUCCUCGGCUGCUGCUCGGAGUCACCGAUGGCGGGUCGCCAUCGUUGCUUCGCUUGGACGGGCAAUGCACCAUGCUGGAGAUCUGGACAUGCCGAACUGAUAACAUGAGUGGAGACAGCAACACUGGCCGCUGGCAUUGCACCAAGAUGAUCGAGUUACGACCACCCGAGUGGAGCAAGAUCGACCAGGCACAGUGUGUGUGCGUGGGUGAGACGAGCGGCAAACUGCUCAUCAAGGACAAUCAAGAAGACAUGUACAUCGUAGAUCUCCAAACAGGGGCAAUGGAGGCGGUCACGAGCUGGUUUCGCGGCAUUGUUUUGAGGGCCAUCCCUUUUGAGAUGGAUUGGCCAGCCUUCUUCACCCGUCGCUUGGCGAACACUAGGAUCAAACGAACUAAACCGGGAGGAGUUCUAUCAAAAUUUGCUGACCCUUUUUGGGGACAAAUAGUAGUGACGCUUAUCAUUGUGUCAAUUGCUAUGAGUUGGGCCUAGUAAGAUCUACAUGAAUCUAAGUUCUGUGUGGAAGACUCGAGAAACUUGCAAGUUAAUGAAGUAACCUACACAUUGGAUACGGCAUUGAGUAUGGUGCAGCGUCAAGGCAAGAAACAGAUGUUGCAAGGAUUGCCGUUCUUCAUCAGAUGAAGAGCAUAAAACUGCCAUGUGCAGAUUAAUUUUUGCUUGUGCUCCAGAAUGUUGCCUCUGUGUUUUAUUGUCUUGUUAAGACUUGGUGUGCUAGCUGAACCUUUGAUAUUCUGUUGAACAAAGUGUAAUGAGUGCUGAAUAGUUAUGAUGGUGGCUACGGGAGACGCCGAUCUGCACUUUGGUGCAACUUUGGAUGGUACAGUUUAGGCUUAGUUAUGGCCUGUGGU